UCACUAUUCUCAUGCACACUGUUCCCGUCUGGAUGGCCGGACACUUGUUAGAUGUGGAGAGAGCGGGCUGGUUUUGGAGGAGCGCAGUGAUUGGGGAGGGUGGGACUCCAGCAAGUGCGCUUUAUCCUUCCUCUCCAAAGACGAGCCAGGUACAAACACCAGCUGACAGCCAGCCCGCCAACAGCCUUCAGCUACUCCAGCUAAUCACGGCCUCAAUCACAGCAGCUCCGGCUCGUAGAAUGAGUUACUACUUGGAUCCAGUUUCCUCCUGCCAAGCUCUUCAACUGCCUGACUGUCUGGGAGUAAUGAGGUCGAGUGGUGGGAUGGCAGUGACUGUGGUUCCUCAUAUGCAGCUUCCUGCUGUGUGUCACCCACAAACCCCAGCUCCACCCAGACCCCAGUACGGCCAGCAUAUCACCCUGCAGGAGGUGCCCAACGGAGCAGAGCUCAGCCCCAGCGAAAAAGCGUCGACAUGCACCAUCUGUACAUGCAUGUGUGUGUUGGGAUGGAUCCAGCAGUGGCACCAACUAUCGCUUGACACCUCCCCAAACGGGACACAAGGCCACAAGGGUACGAGGGCGCGAGGGCUCCGCAGCGGCCGUCCUUUUCCCAAGCCUCAGGGCCCCUGGGGGAUCGGGCUGGGUCGGGUUUGA